AUGUGAUCACACGCUUUAAAGAAGCCGAUAAACGAUUCAGACCCUGUUCAUACGAUACCGGAGUCAUUUCAUACAAAGCCGCUAAGCAAAACCUGGCAUAAAACCAUGAAUCUCCGGCCGGAGCAGUAGAGUAUCGGGUUAUGCUCCCAUUCUUCUUUCGCAGAGGACAGAUUUCAUUCCAACAGUAAUCCGAUACGAAAUGAAUCCGGUAUUGCGUUAAAGGCCCUUAAAUAUUCUUUGGAUUUAAUAGACAGAAAGUGGAUUAAUUACACGAGUGACGUUGUACAAAGGUUUCAGUCAGCACAAAAAGCUUUGUGAUCUUUACAGGGAUAUAUAUGUUGAAAUACCGCAAAUUUUACAACCACAGAGCCUUUUGAUCGUUAGGACAGCUAUCUAAACAAGCUUUACCAAAAGUUUGAGUCAAUUGAGAACGAAAUGUCUCCCACCCACUUUUUGAGAUCUGCUCAAAUGUGCCUGGCCCUCUCUUUAUUAAAUCAUCUUGACUUGUAGGCCUAUCUCAGUAUCUUAAGUUGCCCAAUACAUUUUUGCAACUCGAUAACGUACAUUUUUAUAUUUUCCAAUUGAUAUGUUAGUGUUAUAAAAAUAAGAAGACAGCCUCUCGCAGCUGUCUUAAAGAAAAGUAGAAAGAUGCUGAAAUUAGUCACUUUGGGAUUCUAACAAGGAAAGCCCAGUCCUCUUGUCACCUAGCACUUACUAUUGAUCGAAUUUAUAGAUUCACUUACUAUUGAUCGAAUGAACUGAAUAAACAGUGACGACUGUCUGUGUAUCUUAGAAAACCUGUAUUCAUCUCGCACUGUAUUUCAAAAGACAACUAAAUAUUAAUGUUUACAAGCCUUAUUUCUGUUUUAACAUACAAUAAAAACGUUCGCUCUGACGUCAAACAGUGUUGCUUCGGGGGAUUUUUACUGGUACCAUUGUGAAAUUCUAUCAAUGCUUGUAAACAUACAGGCAACAGUUCGCAUUUAUAAGGAAACCACUUAGCCGAUUUAGAAUGGCAGCCCUGAAUAAGAUCUUAUUGGAGCGCACCAUAGCAAUCAAAUGACCUCUUUUUCUUCCCUUGACCGCGCAGUUUGGUGAAUAAAUGAAAGCUAAUCGCUUUUUAGCGUUUCAGGGAAAGUAUAAUUGGGAUCUCAUGUUUUUUUUGGUCAUAGGAAUGGAAGAUGAUAUUGCAAUGUAAAUAGGUUUAAAGCUGGAUUCAAAACUAGAUCUUUUCCUUUGAACUGGAAUAUUCAAAUUCAUUAAGGCUGAGAUGUGUUGCAUUUUAAGCAAGAUUGAUAGACAAUUUUAUGCAAUUAGCUACGGUAGCAGACAUGCUGGAAAGUUAGUGAAAAGAGAACGUUGUCACUCUCUGGUCUUGCAAUCAUGACCUUCUCUGAUAAUCGUUAAAGAAACAUCAAAUUUUCCUUUGCUAUAGCAAGUGUUCUUAUCAGGGACUGAUUUAGCAGGGGGUGUAGGGGGUGUGACACCCCUCCCAAUAUUUCUGUGUUAUUUGCUUCCAUUCGGUAAUAAUCAUUUUUUGGUAGUCUGUAGAAACAAAUGAACGCCAAGAUUUAACAUUAUUUAUCUUCUUAUCUGUUAAAAACGGGCGUUUCCGUCAUUUUCCAGUGACCUGAAGGGUGUGGUACCAAAAUUAUCUAACACCCACCCCAAUCAUUGUUGCUUAAAUUCUUUCCUGGUUCUUAUCUGUAAAAAUUUAGAAUAGCAAGGCGGAAUUUGUGUAAAGGCUUGAAACUUGGCCUAAGCAAAGUUCAUAAUUCUGCAACAUGAUAGAUAAUUAAAAGGUAAAUUUGAUAAUUUCAUUAAAAAAUUGCCAAAUUGUUAGUCCAAUCUUGUUUUCUUUUUCAAAUGUGUUCUUCACUUUAGAUAUUGUUUUAUAGCUUUCAAGCAAAUUAGCCAAUUAAUACCCGAUUGGAUGUCAAGUCAAUUAGCUUUUUUUGAAUACGUUUUAUGUAGCCAGUAUUUAAUACUGAAAAAAUCAGUCAAAUUUUAGACAUCAAGUUUAGGAAAACUUUUUUGAUAUAUGCCCCUUUAAGUACUCGUUCGUCGAGAGGAAGUUUGAAGAAAGUGCGUAAACUAAACAUUUUGCUUGGGUUGUAUUGUAAGCUUAUGUAAUGAUUUUUAUAUAUAAUUGUUUAUCUUUGUAUCAAUGAUAAUUAAGGAUCAUCUAAAGACCUUUAUUUCACUUUCAACAUUCUUUAGAGACCCUAACAGUUUACUUUGCUUUCUUUUGUGAAGUCAAUGGGCCACAUCGCUGAUUAUUACCUAAUGACAGAAAAUUAAAUCUUUUAUUAGAUAUCAGUUUUUCAUCCGUUUCAUUCUUUGAUCUUAUCUUUAUCAAUUUUCUAUUGAAAAUAGCGUUAUUGAAAUUCCCCUUGCCCGUGCUUUCCUUUUUCUAGGUUGCAUUCCUGAAUUGGAGACUUUGAAAUGAAUGGACUAAAGACGUCAAUAAAACCACGUUAAACGUGUCACAAUGAUUCCUAGAGCCCAAACCCCUGUAAACUGACUUUAGGAAAACUAUCCCCUUUUCACAAAGUCCUUAUCAAUUCUCUUUGUCCGAGACUUAAAAAGCUUCCUAUGAAGAGAAAUCUGCUCUAAAUAACUUAUAAUCGAACAACUUUAGUAUAAAGCAUAUCGCAAGAAUUUCUUUGCUGUUUUCAACAAAAUUCAUCAACCUGAGGUUGACUUUGCAUUUCAAACCGUAACGAUCAAGUCGAAUUUUUCACCCGUCUAUUUGUAUAUUCAGUACCAGUUAUUUAUUCGGUGUAUUGUUUUGUUGAUUUUUCGGCAACACUCACCACCUGUAUGUUCCAGCAAGUAGACAAUAGCUAUCCAGUUGAUAAUAUGUUUUGUUUGGUCUAUUUAGCAAGUCUUGCAUUUGCAAAAGGUCCCUUUCAAAUGCUGAGAUAAGACGAAGCUUUGGGGCUGUCUGAAAAUGUUGGCAGUCGUUUUGCGAAAAUGAGUGUCUUUAGCGAUCACGGACGACAACAGUUAUUAAAGCUGAAACAUAUAUCAUCUGUUUUUAAUGGAAAAAUGGAAAAGAUGACAAUAGAUGAUCAUAGAUCACACUCAGAGAGCUUGAAAGGAAACAUCUCACAUUCUUAUGCUGAGCACAGCAGCGAGCCAGAGAAAUAUGAAGAACAGAAUGGUGUAGAGCUCAGCCAUGCUGGGCAUGAUGAUGACUCUUCCAAAAGUUUACCACCUUUAGAUAAGAGACAUGAGCAUGAUUAUUUGAUGGAGCAAGGUUCCGAAUCAACACUGAAAGAUAGAUAUGGAAAGCCAAAGCAGCAUGGUACAUUGUGGGAACCUCCCAUUGUUUUUAUAAAUACAGAAAUGUCUGUCCCAAAGUCAAGUCCCAACAUGAAGUCAUUAGAAUCAUCUGUUAUGGAGCAUAGAUUUCAUGAGCACCAACCACCACCUUCACCUAAAAGCCAAAAGACUCCUUGUCAAUGCUGCCAUCCAGAACCACUUCAUUAUAGGCAUCAGUCAGAGGCAAUAGCAAGGCAUCACACGUCUUCAGGCAGUCACCAUCUUGCUUAUGAAACUGACCGCCACCAUGAAGUCUUUUAUAUUCCAGUGGAUGGAGAUGAUAGAAAUUCCCAUUAUCAGGUUAGACAUCCUUGUAACUGCAGCUCCUGUCAGAAGGGAAGAGUUGAAAGCAUACCAUCAAGUAAUUCUCAUAUUGUUAAAGAAGCUAGAAGAGAACUGCCAUGCAAUGAUUCUUUGAGGUCACUACUUCCAGACUCAGUACCCCGUGUGAUGUCCCCUACAAGGAGUUCCUCUCUCACGAAUGGCUACUUAGAACAUGUUACAAGUCCAAGUGACGGCAAGCCCAAACGGCAUGAUAUGAAAAACGGAGCUGAAGAGUCCCAAGUCAUAAGCAGACUGUUUAAAGAUGGGAAAUGCCAAUGGCCAAGUUGUGACAAGAGAUUCCAAGACAAGAGAGAAUUCAUUCUGCAUUUAAAUGGUACCCAUGUGCUCGACGAAAAUGGUGCUUCCCAAGCACGAGUUCAAGGUUACGUUGUAAAAGAUCUGGAGGAGAGGCUGGCUGUCGAGCGGGGAAAAUUAUCUGCUAUCUUGGCUCAUUUACAGUUUGCUCACGACAAGGAUGAUAUCAGGGCAGCCUCGGUUCCACGGAUUAUCUCACCACCGACCUCAAGCUCAAAUCCGCUGAUGAUGGUCUUACCUCAUAAUCAACCGUCUCACCAUGGAUCCGUGAGGUCGUUUCAUUCAGACAGACGAGAGGAUGUUGAGCGCCAUUCGUCUAGCCACCACUCAAGAACCGCUCUAACAUCACCCCAUGGUCACCGAAGCGAACAUGUAUCCCCAUCCUCAUCAACAGGUGCUCCCCCACACCUACAUGCGUCUCCGCAUGGCAUAAUACAACAGCAUACUCCUCAUGUACACCAUCACUCGGUGCACCACCCACAGCCUCAUUAUCAUAUGCCGCCUCACUAUCACGUUCGGCCUCCAUUUCAAAUGAGGAGCUAUAUUUCUGGUCAUGGAAACACGUCUGCGAUGAAAGAAGAGCGUAUUGAUGGAGCUGCAGGGAGUGAAGAUAAAGUUAUUUCAAUGAAAGACGACCAGCGGAACGUAGAACGCAAAUUUCAGCCACUUGAUGCCGGUAUUCAUAAUCAAGCACCGAAUGAUGUUUCAGUCAAUCGAUCAUCGCCGUAUCAUCCAGUAAGAAGACGGGGUGAAGCGGCAGCUAUGAUUGACAUAGGUGAAGGGCGUGAAGCAGCCAAGCCUAAAAGAAGGGGAGAAAGCACAACAGUUGUUGACAUAGGCGAAGAGCUGAAAACUAAAGGACACAUUUUUCAAGACCCUGAUGUUAGACCACCUUACACGUAUGCAUCCUUAAUACGACAAGGAAUUCUUGACUCUGCUAAUGGUGAACUGACUCUAAACGAUAUUUACAAUUGGUUCAUGAAGCAUUUUGCCUACUUCAGAAAGAACACCAGCACGUGGAAGAAUGCUGUGCGACAUAACCUUUCACUGCAUAAAUGCUUUGUCAGAAAAGAAAAUUUCAAAGGUGCAGUAUGGACUGUUGAUGAUGAAGAAUUUUUUAGGAGACGAAUGACAAAGCCAGGAUUACCAAAACGGGAAUAUUACAUGGCUGAAGGAUACGAGGGAGAGGAAUGGAACGCAGACCCACCACCCAGCAUGGUCAUGGAUAAUGGGAUGCGAAAACGAGGCAUGGAUGAGAUUUCCAAUGAUUCAUGGGAACAUGGCAGUCCUUCGUGUAAAAAGUCGGCCGAUACCCCAAAUGAAACUGGGGAUGAUACUGUAGCACCACUAGUCAAAUUCUGCGAAAAUAUCAAUGGACUUCCAUCUCAGAUUGUCCCUAUUAAAGAGGAACCAACUGAUGAAGACCCCAAUUCAGAACAAAGAGCAUAUAAGCAUGAAAGUUCAAACGGACAGUUUAGUUUUACUAGUGAAUCGCUGGUAGAAGAUAGGAAUUAUUCACCCAGAAUACACAGUCCAUUGAGGAAGAGCUCUGAGGCAAAUGUCAUUUCAUCUGAAAGUUGAGGCAGAGGGAUGCAAAUUAAGGUGAACAGCAUCACCAGUUAAGGUGAACAGCUUCGCGGGUUAAGGUGAACUGUUUCUGUUGUGUUUAAUUAUUUCUCGCAUGAAAUGCGUUGGUGCUUCGGUUUAUGUUUUAAAACAUUGCUAGGUUAUCUUGAAAAGAGCAAAUACUUGUAGCAAAAAAGGUUAGGCCGGAUUUUUGUACAGAACUAUCUUGAAUUAGAAGAUGAAAUUUAUACGUGCAUCAGCGAUGAGUAUUUUAGUAGCAGUUUGUAGCUUCGUAGUUUGUAGCAAGCCUUUCUUAGGGUUGUUAUAGGACCCGCGGUCACAACCCUUUUUCACGUAAUGUACUUAUAAAAUUGGUUGUUAUAAGAGCUAUUUAAAAUGGCACAAAAGUAUAUGAUUUUAUUGCAUUUUGUUCUGCUCGUUGGGUCACUGAAACUGUUGGCCGUAAUGGGACCUAUAUAAGCGAUUCUUGACUUUAGUUUCUUGCAGUCUUUGCCGUCGAUGAAAAUAUGCUUACGUCAUACUUUUCCACGCUAUUAAAUGGUAUAGCAACCUUUUACAGAUUUUGUUUAUUAUCGAAGAUAAUAAUAGCUUAGCCUUUAAUUUCUCUGAUCAAAACUAUUUGAACCCAAAAUGCUGAACAUAAAGGUUAAUACGCCUUUUAAUAUUUCCUUUUGUUUUCUACUAAAACCACUUCACGCUUUGAACCAACGGUGUUUAUCGUAGACAUGUAGGCCUUUCUUCUGCAGCCCUCGUCCGCGAGAAUUCUUGGAGAAGGACCCAGUCGUUUUAAAUAGGCGUCUACACCAUGAAAUGCAGUUCAAAAUUGCAACCAUGAGUCUAAUUCCUAGCUUCGGAGUUUGACUACUUUAAUUAAUCGCAGACGGUUCGCAAAAGCAUUUUGUUUUAGAUAUUUUUGAGAAACCUUUCUUUUUAAAAUAUUGCAUUCGCUUUCAAAGAUAAGUGAAGCAUCCCGAGUAUCUUAUCCUUCAAGGUUCUGAAUAUUUUGAUAGUAUGAUAGUUGUGUAUUCCUUUAUAAUUAUGAUUAUGUUGAUUGUCAGUAUUUUACUAGAAACAAAUUAUAAAGUAUUAUUGAUUGAAAUCGUUUGUUUAUGGCAACAACUUGACUUUAAUUGCACAUAAUUGUAAUCUACCGUUAUUGAUUAUUGAGUCAAGCUUCGAUUCGGCCUAUGUUGCCAUUUGUAAGGUCUAGUCCGUAUGUAAUUCACUGUUGAUUAGAUUAAAAACAUUGUAAAUGUUCGGGUGAUUGACAGCUGCAUGGCGUAGUUUAAGCCUUCUCAGCGACGAUACCCUCCGCACUGUUCCCCGCUGCAGUGGCAAUGCUACCCAUUUCACCUUUUGUGAAAUUUAUUGUGAAAUCAGACAACUGAAGACUGAGUUUAGCGUUUUCUUUUGACAUUUUUAUUGAAUUCAUUAAUGUUUAAGGACUAAAUUGAUUUAAAUGAUUUACAAGGUUAAUAUUGUGGAAAACUGGACAAAGUUAAAGUAAAUCCGUAGCCACCAUAUAUUAGAUCUUCUUGCGGCAUAUCUUUGAGUUUCUAAGAAGGGGGUUGAGAAUCUCAAUGCCAACGGACCAUGGAAACAUUCGGCAUUUGCCACAGCACUUGUCUCUUAAAAAUUCGAUUAUAUUAUUUUUGUGGAGCUGGCAUAGAAAAUAUUAAUUCUAGUCUACUGACUUGUAUAAGUUUUAUUAUUUGUUCUAAAGUGAUCAUUAAAAUAUGUAUCCCAAACGUUUUCUCUAAGAUCUGACGUCAUCGCCACGAGGCCUAAUCUACGUUCAUGCAGCGUUCUAACAGUAGUUGUAGAGUGUAACAAAAUAUUUUAAAUCUAAGAAUGGCUUAGCACCAUAAAAAUGUUCCAAAAUCUUUGUUACUAAGGUGUAUGUAUUGAGAAGACAAAACUUAUUAAAAUAAGGGUUUUCUUCCAUUCGUGUGUUUUUUUGAUGUAGCAUUUAAGAUUAAUCUUCAGUCAUUUGUUUGAUUUUAGAAGAGCCUUAACCCUCAGCAUGAAUAAAAAAGAAAAAUAUAACGACCUUUCUCACAGAUAAAUUCUGCCCUUAGAAUGUCCUAAAACAAUGCAAAAUUUUGCAACAGCGUUAACGUACUGUUUUAUCUUUUCAGUGUUAUAUUUCUUUCAACAUAAUCACAAAGGAUGUUAUUGUCCAAAAGAUAGCAUCUGCAAUCUCCAAGGUUGCAAACGAUAAGGACCUCCCAUAAGAAAACCUACCAACCUCGAAUCAGAUAGGAAAAUCCCAUGUGUUAAUGAUAAUAUAAAACUGUUUUUAUCUUUUAAUGCUGAGGCCAAGGAGGAAGUAGAUUUAAGAUUCGUCAUCUCUCGGAAUGCCCUAGGUAUUUUGGUGUUAUUGUAUGUUCUAAGUAACGUAAUUACGUAUUGUCAUUCAGUACUUUUUUCGUACAACCUUAGACAACAUAGCCUUGAAACGCCCCUCUGCAGUGGCGGCGCCAGUGUUAUUAUGCACACCCUUUUGCUGUGGCGGUGCCAGCUAUUACAAAGUGGGAGGGUAAUGGGCUUGGCCAAUGAGACCACGCUUUGUAUCAGGAUAACAUUCCUUAGGUCUACCCCUGCCCAAUGCUUUUCAAUCUGUUUUUAGAAGAAGUAUGUAGACCAUGUUUUCAGAAUAGUGAGGGGUAAUUACCCCCCAUGCCACCCCUUGGCGCCGCCACUGCCUUUUUGAAACAACGCGAAGAAAGUGAAGAAAGAUCGAAGAUAUGUAUGGGGACUGGAAAUGUCCAACGUCUCAGCAAGAAAACAGUUCAUACUGAAAUCGUUUACUACUCUUGCUCAUAAGGUCAACUGUAUCAAGCGUCUUUCCUAAUGGACUGCCCUCUUUUAUUUAUAUGACGUCAUUGUUAAGAACAUACGUAUGUACUUUAUGUAACUUCUCUGCAGAGCAGAUUGCCUGUUAACCUUAUGUUGACUGAGUUUAGCGCCACCCUUUUUCCAAAACUUCUCGAUUACAUUACCUUACCCUUCUAGCUCAAAGCUUUGUUCUCUUAUCUAUUUAGUUUUUUACUGGGUGUGUUUAAGAUAUGGGCAUGGCCUAGAGUUUUUAAGUACAAUUAUCAAUGUAAUGAUAUCAACAAAGAAUGAAACAAAGUUUGCCUUU